GGAAAAAACAAACAAUUUUAUUUAGAAAGUGCAAGUAAUACAAAUCAAUAUUAUGUGUAACUACAACACUGUCUUAUUUUUAAACUUUAUUUUUGUAACCGGAUGUAUACUACACUAAUGAAACUUCAUGUGUGACGGUAGAAAACUGCCGUUUUUAGUUUCGGUUUCCUUAGCGGACAGAAUGUAGAGAAAGAGUAAAUAUGGAGAGAGUUGUGUUGUUUUACAUUAAACACACAAUGUCUGAUUCUCCUUAUUGACGAUAUAAUAUCCUAAGGAGGGAGACGACCCAGUGCCACAUAAUCACUAAACUGACCGGAAGUUCUGUUUUGCGUCGAGGCGACCAAUAGGAAAAAGGCGACCGCAGAAUAAAAGGAUUAUUCAACUGAAGAAUCGAUCUCUUUGUUUGCUGACCGCCAGACAGAUAACUGCUUUUCUUUGAGUCUCUACUCUUACGUGGCCUGUGAAAGCGUGUUCCGAACAGUUGAGCCACAGCUGUGAAACUUUUGUAAAACCUAGCUACCGCAUCAUUUUGUUAAAUACUCCUUUUAAAACUUAUAUGAGGAGCCUCACUUUGUUUUCUUUUAAACCUACUCCUGGACUUGGAAUAAAAGAACACUUCUACUAAAGCAAUGUCUUCUGUUGAGUGUUUGAGAGAUUUUGUCAACGAGCGACUCUCUGCUGCCGCUGAAGAAAUCUUCGGAGUAUUUCAGAAAACUAUCUUCGAAUAUGAGGAAGAGAUCAAACGUCAGCACAAACUGCUGGAUUUCGUUUGGAAACCGGAAAUAAAGCUACUCAGAAUAGAUCUCCCACAGCAUCAUGUCUGUAAGGAGGAGGAGGUUCCCGCUGGGCAGCAGCUCUGUAUUCAGGAGAGGAACUCCAGUCCAGACCAAGAGAGCCCAGAGCCUCCACAGAUUAAAGAGGAGCAGGAGGAGCUGUGCUUCAGUCAGGAGGGAAAGCAGCUUGGACUGAAGCAGGAGACUGAUGCCUCCGUGUCGAUUGCUACUGAUGAGGAAAGUAUACAGCUCCUCUCUCACAACUCUCAUGUAGCUGAGUGCCAAGAUCAGGAAGAAGGCGAGCAAGACUCAGGAUCAACUAGACAUGCAGAGUCAAGACCACAGAAUGAACAUCAAAGAAAUCACAGUCACGAAGAAAACAGCAUUCAUUUGUCAGAGAUGCACAUGUGUAAACAGCCUUUAAAAUGUGACUCAUGCGGAAAAUAUUUUUUCUCAAAAUCCAAACUGGAGAGACACCUCAGAAUCCACACAGGUGAAAGGCCCUUUCCUUGCAACACAUGUGGGAAAGCUUUCAGACAUAAAAGCCACUUGAACCGUCAUAAUCGUAUUCACACAGGGGAGAAUCCAUUUCCAUGCCAAACGUGCGGGCAACGAUUCUAUCGAGCAUCAGAGUUGAAACAUCAUAUGAAAUUACACACGUUGAGUAGCCAUAUUCUUGCAAAACACGUGGAAAACGUGUCUGGUAAAAAUGUCAUAUUGAGUGGUAACUUGGGAAGCCACACAGAAACACACACAGGAGAAGAGCUGUGCGCCAGUCAGGAGGGAGAGCAGCUUAGACUGAAGCAGGAGACUGAUAAAAUGUGCGCUAAUAAAUCAGAAUUAAUCAUUCAUACAAAACUACACCCAGAUGAUUGGUUAUAUUCGUGCCGAAUGUGUGGGAAAGUUUUCAAAAAUAAAGCUCACUUGAGAGAUCAUUUGAGAAUCCACAUUGGUGAGAAGCCAUUUCCGUGCGAAAUGUGUGGGAAAGCUUUUAGAAAUAAAAGUCACUUGAAAGAGCAUUUGAGAAUUCAUACAGGGGAGAAGCCUUAUCAGUGCCAAAUUUGUGGGCAAAGUUUCUGUCGAACACACGCUUUGAAAAAUCAUAUGAAAUUCCACACAUGACAGGAAGCCAUAUUCUUGCAAAACAUGUGGGAAAGGGAAGCCCCACAAAAAAACAAAAAACAAAAAAACAUGGGAAUUGCUGAAUCCCUGCAGCACAGAGCCUCCACAGAUUAAAGAGGAGCAGGACGAGCUGUAUACACCAGUCAGGAGGGAGAGCAGUUUGGACUGAAACAGGAGACUUAUGCCUUUAUGUUUAGUGCUACUGAUGAGGAAAGUGGGCACAGGCUCCUCUCUCACAACUCUCAUGUAGCUGAGAGUCAAGAUUAGAAAGGAGCCGUGCAAGACUCAGGAUCAACGAGAUGUGCAGAGCCAAAACAACAGAAUCAAAGGAAAGUCACAGUAACAAUACAAACAUCACUAACUUGUCCUACAUGCUCUGACAUACACUGAUAGAAAGCUUUUAUAGUUUUACAAAUGUGAAAAAAAAUUGAAGAAUGAGCUUGUACUCAAAAUACAUAUUACCUUUUUAAAACGUAAUCCAUAACCUAAUCCAAGUAUCACAAAAUACAACUAAUGUGACCUGAUAACUUUCCAUUACUUUUGGAUUGUCUCUAUUAAAUGCAAUGCCAAUACAAACAAGAGAAAAGAAGUAUCAACAAGAUGGGAGUACUUAAGUGUAUGUAAGAUGACAGAAAAAGAAUAAACAAACACUUUGUAUAUUAAAAAGUGUCUUCUGCUCAGUGUUUUUGACUGAAACCUAGCUUUCAUUAAGCAUAUGUAUGAAAAAUAAAAGUCAAAUAAAAAAUGCACGA